GAAAAGAAAGAGUUUGAACUAUUAAAAGAAAAAGUAGAAGAACAAAAAAACAAUCCAGCACCUUUAGAUGAACCAGUAGAAUGUAAAAUUUGCUAUAUGGAAUAUAAUUGUUGUAGCGAAGUUUACCAAUUAUCUGAAUGCGGCCAUUCAUAUUGUUUCGAUUGUAUUACAUCCUAUUUAAAUCUUUUAAUUAUUGAAGGUAGAGUUUUAGAUCUUUCAUGUCCACAUCCAGAAUGUAAAAAAGAAUUACCAGAGAGUGAUAUCUAUGUUUUAGUCGACCAAAAGCAUUGGACCAAAUAUCAAAAAUUCUCAAUUUUAGCAACAUUAAAAACCGAACCAAUUAAAUGGUGCCCAACACCAGAUUGCGAUACUUUUGUUAGGGGUGGCAGUGCAGAGGAUCCAGUAUUGACAUGUCCAAAAUGUAAAAAUGAAUUUUGUUGGAUUUGUGGCGAGUAUGCUCAUCAAGGUGUUAAAUGCGGUUCUGAAGCUAUGCAAUUAUCAGAUAGAAAAAAUAAAUCGAUUGAAACCGCCACAGCUCAAUAUAAAGAAUGGUAUGAAACCAACAAACAUAAUGUCAAACCUUGUCCAAAAUGCACCUCUCCUAUUGAAAAAGAUUCUGGUUGUAACCAUAUGACAUGCACAAAUUGUCAACAUCAAUACUGUUGGUUAUGUUUAAAUCCAUAUUUACCAGGCCAUUAUGCUGACGCUGAAUAUCCCGAUUGUUAUGAUCGUCAAUAUUAUUCACCAUAUGCAAUGAACGACUAUACUCCACCACCAAGAAGAAGACAUAGACGUUUAAAGAUGGCAAAGAAGGUUACACUCUACGCUGCUGCUUUCACAGUUGGUGCCCCAUUUUUAUUAAUAGGUGGUGCUGUCUUUCUUUGUGUAAAACUACAUAAAUAUAGAAAAAAUAGAGCAUAUAGAACUUAA